GGCCGAGCACGGAGGCGAGCAGCGGGACGUGGGGCAGUUCUGCAUUCCGGGUUCCGUGCGCUAACACGCUGCUCGCCGCCUCCGGAGUUGCCCGGUGUGGGUGUGCCGCCCGGCGGGAACGGCGCUGGGAGGGACGGCCCGCAUCGCGUGCUGAGCGGCGCUUCCUGUUUUGGAGAGGAAAUGCUUCUGGAAACUGCUGUGCUUCGCCAGGGCUCUCACGUACGGGCUGUGUGCGAGCUCUGUGUUACUACAGUACAGCUCCUUUUUCACCUGCUUUGCCAAUGACUCUGCAUCUUUGUUGUGUUGUAGGUGAUACCGAUUUCUAGCCGUUGUUCUUAUGCGUAGUAGUUGGUUUAGUUAGCAAAUAAAAAGAGUUAGCUGCACAAUUCUGUUGGUUUUUGGGUUUUUUUUUAAAUAUAUCAUUAUUUUUACAUCAGUAGUAGAACAUGGAGAGUGUUCUUUCAAGCUGGAUUUGGGUAGCAAAACAUGGCAAACAUCAUGAAGCUGCUGUUCAGAGGGUAAGAGCUGAUUUUCAGUCAUUAUAACCCAUGCUGCAGUAGCUUCAACUUCCAGCUGGGACUAGAAAAUGAGUUCUAAGCAGAAGUGCAUACCUUCCUUUUCUGUAGCCUUUCAUGUACCAACCUGGCAACUGAAAGAAGGGUUUAUCAGUAAACUGCUUUGUACUUUUGGAAUAAACUGCUGAAACUGUAAUGAUCAAGCAUACUACAUUCAAAGAAUUGGUAUACCUUUAACUAAACAAAGACCCAAAACAGUGUUUCAUUUGUAACAAGAGGGUGACAGUUGCAAAAAGUAGGACUGCUGCAGAUUUGAGCCCCUAUUAUUAAAAAACUGGCCUUUUCUCUUAAAGGAUCUGAGUGAUUGAAACCACUGAAAGCAGGACAGCUGUUGAAACCAGGAUAGGUUUCAAUAAGGGGAUUUCAGAUUAUGGAAAAAUACCAUAUUCUCUGCACAGAAAUACUGCAAAUUACAAAACAAAAAGAUGUGUUUUAUGCACUUACAGUAUGUACAGAUUGUCAUUUUAUUUUUAAGAUGAAUUUUUUUCUGUACAAGUAUAGAGGGGCCCUUUCAAAGAAAUUAGGGCCUAAGCUUAUGUAUGGGAACUGCUAAGUCACGGCCUGAACCUCUGAUUGAUCACCUGAGGUGAGCCAUGAGUCAGCCAGAGGAGCACAGCUGAAGGCAAUUCACCUGUGCUGCCGGAAGGGGUGGAGCCAGGCUGCACCCCUCCUGGACCUAUUUAAGAGCUGGCUACCAGAGGGGAAGGAUCUCUUCUGGAGAUCUCCUCUUUUGGUGUCUUCUGGUGAGCUCAACCCAAGGCAAGAAGGCUCAUUAUGUGCUCAGCACUGUCUGAAUAAUUUGCUGCAAGGAGAGUACUUUAGUCCUGUUGAGUUAUCCUCCAUUGCACAGCAGUUGGAUGAGGAAGAAAGAAUGAGAAUGGCAGAGGGAGGAGUGUCUAGUGAAGAAUAUAGAACAUUUUUACAGCAGCCUUCUGUAAACAUGGAUGACAGUGGAUUCUUCUCAAUUCAAGUUAUAAGCAAUGCCUUGAAAGUGUGGGGUUUAGAACUAAUCCUCUUCAACAGCCCAGAGUAUCAGAGGCUUGGGAUCGACCCUAUAAAUGAAAAAUCAUUUAUUUGUAAUUAUAAGGAACACUGGUUUACAGUUCGAAAGUUAGGAAAACAGUGGUUUAACUUGAACUCUCUCUUGAUGGGUCCAGAGCUAAUAUCAGAUACAUAUCUUGCACUUUUCUUGGCACAAUUACAACAGGAAGGUUAUUCCAUAUUUGUAGUAAAAGGUGACCUGCCAGACUGUGAGGCUGAUCAGCUGUUGCAGAUGAUUCGAGUUCAGCAGGUGCAGCGACCAAAACUAAUUGGAGAAGAGACUGCGCAGUCAAGAGACCAGAGGCUACCUAGAAGUGAUGUGGACCAAGCGAUAGAAGUUAGCCAUCCUUUUGAUGGGACAAGCAUGUUAGAUGAAGAUGAGGAGAAUUUUCAAAGAGCUCUGGCUUUAAGUAGGCAAGAAAUUGAUAUGGAAGAUGAAGAAGCUGAUCUUCGUAGAGCCAUUCAACUCAGCAUGCAAGGUAGUCGUCAAAAUGAGUUCUCAAACUCGUUACCACAGAAUGCUUCUCAGCCACCACACACCAGUCAGACAGACUCUCUUUCUUCAGAAGAUCUGCGCAGGAGGAGACAAGCAUAUUUUGAAAAGCAGCAACAGCAGAUAGAACAGCAGGAUCUGACCCUGAACCUACAUGAUAAACCAACUAUAAACUCAAGCACUCUGGAAGCUGAUCCAGGAGGUGAUAUGAGUGAGGAGGACAUGCUUCAAGCAGCUAUGAAUAUGUCGCUGGAAUCUGCUAGAAACCACUUGAGUACAGAAGAGAAGAAAUGACAUCGUAAUUUUUCCCCUCUAUUGUCAAAACACUACGUCUCUGUUACAAUUUUACUGUGUGGAUGUUGCACAAGCUGGGUUCAUUUCAGAGUUCUGGAAGCAGGAAUGAAAGGUUGGCUGGAGCUCAGAGUUUAGAGGGAAUCUGCAAAUACGAAAAGUUUGCACUAAUUUAGAAAACCAUAGCACUCCUACUACAAGAGUAACAGUAUUGAAGUUACUUACGUUACUCUUGAUCAAACAUGCACAUGUAGCAGCUGUAACUUGCAUUAAAAAAGUUUGUUUUGAAAAAUUCUAUGGAGAACACAAGGUGCCAAAAAUUGGUAUCAACCACUUUUUUUUCCAUACUAAUACAAAAAUAGAAGUAAUAAAUUGUAUUCAUAAGUUGCUAGAUAUAAGAAAAUACUUCAAAUGGGGAAAAAAAAAAACCAACUAGAUUCUUGUAACUUGUUCUGUGAUUCGUUCUUCAAAUGACUUGAUGUCAACUUUUUGGUCCUGCUGUCUGCUUUUGAAAUGACCCACCCUGCAGGAGAAACCUAAAUCUGUAAAUGUAUUGCUUGGCAAUUAAACAGAAAAUCUCCAGUGUACUGUAGAUCAUGACAUUCACUGAAAGAUUCCAGAGUGCUUCUGAUGUUCUAACACUUUCUGGUUUUACUUUUAGUUUUACUUGUAGUUUCCAAGUUCGUGCUUGAGGUAGGAUUUUUGCUUUGCCAUUUUGUCUUUUUGUAAAUAACUUUUUUUUAAUGUUAGGUUAGGUUUUUUUUUUUUUAAUGCUCCUUCUGGUUAUACCACUGUUUUUAUCAUGAAAGUAUCACAAUGGGUUAAACAGGUUUUUCUUUUAUAUUUCUACUGCGUUAUCUUUUCCUCUUCAACCCUUAAUUCUGGCCUUUCAGUAUCAUAGAGCUGUAACUGAGUCUAGGAGAAAGGAAAAUGGGGAAGAUCUGGGUGCCAUAAAAUCAAUGCCACAUAAGUUGCAUUCCUGCAGUCUACAAUGACCUCUGUGCAAGUAGCUCUUCUAAGAAUGAGUAUUUAUGUCUGUGUGGGUGCUCUUUCUGAAAUGCUUUUUGACUGUCUGUCAGAAUGUUGUAGCUUUUUCAGGAAUGGCCUUUACUCAUGCACCUUAAAAAUUUUUUUAUCAUGCUGUUUCUGAUGCUGAGGAAAAAAAAAAACAAAAAAACAAAAAAACACAGGGAGCAAAGGAUGGGAGAGAGAUUAUUCUAUUCAUUGUAGUGCAUUUGUUUUGAUACCCAGGAUGAAUGUGUGAUAGGGUGAACGAACUUGACUUCCAACUUAGUGCAGAAAUUGAUGUUUCAUUUUACUAAAUGGUGCUUGAAAUACAAAUUCUGUUUACACAUAAAUUAUGUGGAAAUAUGUUAUAGAUACAGUAUGCAAGCUGUAUUCAAUGCAUUAACAGCACAGGCAUUCUAAGAAUAUCUUUUGCAAAUAAACCCAAAUUUCUAUAUCAAAAUAUCCUAAUGUAGUAUCAUUGCACAAUAGUGACAUAUAAAAUUAGUAUUAGAACUUAAUGGUAGUUAAAUGGAAGUAUGCAUUCAGCAUCAAGUAGUACUUACUUGAAAGGGCUCUUACCUCCCAGUAAAUAUUUGUUUACAGCAAUGGUUUUUCUUGAUAGGUUAGAAUAUUAUAUUAUACAUAUAGAAUGAAUUCUGUUUUCCUGAAUUUCCACUGCUGGGAUGUGUAGUAUGAUGUGAAUUUUGACAUGACAGCACUACUUUUUAAGAAAUUAAGAUUUUGUUUUGUAUAUAAUCCUAUUCUGCACAUGUAAUCUCUAUAAUGUGCUGAAGUAAUACAGCCAAGUAAUGGCAUUGAGAAGUCACGUGUGCAAAUGCCAUUUUGAAAUGCUAUAUUUUUCAGGAGGUAGAUUUGAUUGAAAUUUAUAUGAAACUGAAAACAGAAGAGGAGUAUGUAAAGCAGUGAGUUAUCUCUUUGCUUGUUUGCAAAUUAUCCACGACUUUAACUUCCCUUCCUUUGUUGUGCCAUAAACUGACCCUGAAAUCUCUCUCCUUUUAAUAAAUAGGUGUAGGCUGGCAGAGCUUGUUAAUACUUACUUGAUACUAGAACUCGGACCUUUUAUCUUCUGUUACAAGAAUAUCAUAAAAAUACCAUUUCUUUAGCUACAUAGCAUAGUGGUCCUGUAUUUAAAAAUUAAAAAAAAAAAUUCCCUUGAAUUGCAUUAACUAACUUGUGACAAUUACAUCAUAGAAUCAUAAAGCUUGUAAAAGACUUCCAGGAUCAUCUAGUCCAUCUACCUACCACCAAUAUUGCACUCUAAACCAUGCCCCUCAGUAUUACAUCUACCCUUUCUCUUAACACCUUCAGGGACAGUGACUCCACAACUUCCCUGAGUAACCUGUUUGAAUAUCUCACCACUCUUUCUGAGAAUAAAUUCUUUCUGCUAUCUAAUCUGACCCUCCCCUGGAGCACCUUUAGGUUUUUCCUCUCAUCCUGUCCCUGUUACCUGGGAGAAGAGGCCGAUCCACAACCUCCUUUCAGGCAGUUGCAGAGUGCUAUAAGGUGUCUCCUGAGCCUCCUCUAGGCUAAACAAUCCCACUUCCCUUAGCUAUUUCAUAAGAUUUGUGUUCCAGACUCCUCACUUGCUUCUCUGGAUGUAGUUUAGGGCCUCAACUGUCUGUCUUGUAGUGAGCGGCCCAAAACUGAACACAGUACUUGAGAUGCAGCCUUGCUGGAGUUGAAUACUCAAUGGAGUCGAAUUGGAGUUGAAAAGAGGGAGGAUCACCUCCCUGCUUCUCCUGGCUGUAUUGUUUCUCAUGCAAGCUGGGAUGCCCUUGGCUUUCUUCACUACCUGAGCACACUGCUGGCUUAUGCUUAGCUGAGUAUCAACUAACACCUCCAGAUCCAUUUCUGCUGUGCAGCUUUCCAGCCUAUAGUGUUGCAUGGGGGUGUUGUGACCAAAGUGCAGGACCCAGCACUUAGGCUUGUUGAACAUCAUCCCAUUGGUCUCAGCCCAGCUAUCCAGCCUGUUCAGGUCCCUCUGUAGAGCCUUUCUAUUCUCAAGUAGUUAGUUCUAACCCCUAACUUGGUGCCAUCUACAAACAUACUGAUGGUGCACUCAGUUCCCUCAUCCAAAUUAUCAGUAAAGAUAUUAAAUAGGAUGGGCCCCAGUACUGACCCCUGGUACAUGUUUUUUGUAAUCACUAAAGUGUGGAGGUUUGCAUUUGAGCUUUCAUGUUGUUUUUUAAGUUACUCUACCCAAGUGUUUUAACCUGUGACGCUUAUAAAGUAACAGUGCCUGAAAAGCACAAAUGUGUGAGUCAGAUUACAGGGCUAACCAUGUUUCUUUCUGUGUAGAAACAGCAUCACUCUACAAAUAUCAGUUUGGCAUUCAGAGGAGUGUUAAGUUUGGUGAAGUAUGCUUAACUGCCAAGUCAAGCAAUUCAGAGGUAACAGUUAAAGCUAAGUGUGCUAAUUGCACCAACACAAAAGACUAAUUCUUGACAGAACAUAUUUUUUUGACCCAGUUCUAAAGUUCAAAAUGUGUGGACCUGCCAAAUUGUCAAUAAAAAGCUGAUCUUGUUU